AUGGACUCAAAUCUACUAGACAGUCUCCUUGAUUUGGAGGAACAAUUCUACAAUGAGGGUUAUCAGCUAGGUGUCGCCGAUGGUGCUGAAGCGGGCUACACGGAAGGCAGUGUCUUCGCUGUGGAGAAGGGAUUUGAGAAAUUCGUCGAAAUGGGACGGCUGUAUGGGAAAGCCCUUGUCUGGGCCCAGCGGCUAGCAGAUUCCAAACAGGAUGGAACAUCCCAGGUCACACCUGAAGUCACUCAGCCAGAUGCCUUAUCUCUGGACCCGUCGAUAUGCAAAGAGAUGCCCAAGAUUCCAGCCCAUAGUGCUCGUCUAGCACGAAACCUGGCUACCCUGCUGGAGCUUGUUGAUCCGGCUUCACUGGAUAUGAGUAACACCGAGGAUGCUGUGAAUGAUGUUGAUGAGCGAUUGAAAGGUGCGGCGGUGAAAGCUAAGCUUAUUCAACGAGCUAUGGGGGGAGAGCGAAGAAUCAUCGAGUGCGCAGUCCAAUGCUAG